AUGGCCAUUGUCACGGAUACAGUGAAGGAGCAACUCCUCGGGAGCUCAGAGCAGCCUCAGCUCUCGCACCAGGCGCGUGCAAACUUCAAUCGUCAUGCGCAAAAGGACGAGCAUGGUGAAUUGUUUAUGAACGAGGAGAACUUCAUCAAUGCCGUCGCACCCAAGCAGGAGGAUUAUCACAAAAUCAAACGCGAGCAAUAUGGUAUCCUCUUCAACGUGGCAGACCGACGCAGAGCCGGCAAGCUGAACAUGGCCGACUGGGCCUCCUUCGAAAAUCUCCUUGCGAAGCCCGACGCCGAAUACGAGAUCGCCUUCCGCCUCUUCGACUUCGAUGGCACCGGCAGUGUCAAGUUCGAUACCGUCCAGGGCCUGUACAACCUCAACAAGAGUGCCGACAGCAUUCCCUUCGAUUGGAACUCAGAAUGGGCCUCGCUGUACGGUGGCCGCACCAAGACUCGCCACGACAUGACCUACCCUCAAUUCGCGCAGAUGCUGCGCGGUCUACAGGGUGAGCGCAUUCGUCAGGCAUUCCACAUCUUCGACAAGGACGGUGAUGGCUUCAUUCAGCCAGAGGACUUCCAGCGCAUCAUUCUCGAGACCUCAAAACAUAAGCUGUCAGACCAUGUUUUGGAGAACCUUCCGACUCUGUGCAACAUCUCCACUAGUAAUCACAUCUCUUACGCCAACGUGCGUGCUUUCCAAAACGUCAUGCGUGAGAUGGAUAUUAUCGACACGAUCGUCCGAGAGGCCACUAAAAAGAGUAAGGAUGGCAAGAUCGAUCGAUCUGACUUCCUCAAUGAGGCCGCUCGUCUCACUCGCUUCUCACUUUUCACUCCGAUGGAAGCUGACAUCCUCUUCCACUUCGCCGGUCUGGAUGCCCCCUCAGGGCGUCUCUCUCAGAAGGACUUCGCCAAGGUCAUUGAUGCUUCAUGGCGCAUUCCCGUCAUUGCUGCGCGUCAGGCUGCGACAGCCGGACAGGAAGUGGCCGAGAAGACGAAGGGAUUGCUUCACAGCGUUCUGGAGUCCGCACACCACUUCGCCCUUGGUAGUAUCGCCGGUGCUUUCGGCGCGUUCAUGGUGUACCCCAUCGAUCUGGUCAAGACCCGCCUGCAAAACCAGCGUUCCUCUCGCCCAGGCGAGAGACUCUACAACAACUCCAUUGAUUGCGCCAGGAAGGUUAUCCGUAACGAGGGUUUCACCGGUCUUUACUCCGGUGUCAUUCCUCAGCUGAUCGGUGUCGCGCCUGAGAAGGCGAUCAAGCUGACAGUGAACGACCUUGUCCGUGGAUACUUCACCGAUAAGGACACCAAGCGCAUCAAGUACCUGCACGAGGUCAUCUCCGGUGGUACCGCUGGUGCUUGCCAGGUUGUGUUUACCAACCCUCUCGAAAUCGUCAAGAUCCGUCUGCAGGUUCAAGGUGAGAUCGCCAAGAAUGUCGAGGGCGCACCUCGCCGUUCCGCCCUGUGGAUCGUUAAGAACUUGGGUCUGGUCGGUCUGUACAAGGGAGCCAGCGCAUGUCUCCUGCGCGAUGUCCCCUUCUCGGCCAUUUACUUCCCCACAUACUCUCACCUAAAGUCCGACUUCUUCGGUGAGACUCCCGAAAACAAGCUGGGUGUUGUCCAGCUCCUCACCGCCGGUGCCAUCGCCGGUAUGCCCGCCGCUUACCUGACCACACCCUGUGACGUGAUCAAGACCCGUCUCCAAGUCGAAGCUCGCAAGGGUGACACCAAGUACAACGGCCUUCGUCACUGUGCCACCACCGUCUGGAAGGAAGAAGGUCUGGCUGCUUUCUUCAAGGGUGGUCCCGCCCGUAUCAUGCGGUCCUCCCCACAGUUCGGUUUCACCCUCGCCGCCUACGAGGUCCUGCAGAAGGCCCUCCCUAUGCCCGGUGAAGGUGACGCCAUCACUCCCACUGGUCAUGUCGAGCCUUCCGUCGGUGGACACGGCGCCACGGCGCCUCUGCCCUACCUCCGAUCAAGGAACGCCCUUAAGCUCAUCCUCGAUCUGGACCAAAACAUUGGCCGUGUGCAGGUCCCGCGGCCUGAAAACUGGCCCAAAUUCCUGCAGGGCUCUAAAUAG